CUUUCAUCCACGGUUUCAUUUGUGUGGUCGUCUGUUCGUUACUUUCCGUGACUAUCUGUGUUACUGACAAGGGGGGAAAGAUCCGAGAGCGAUAUUUGGGAAAGAACACCUCCCUUCCACCUGAGCUGCCUCAGGGUCGAGACGAACACAACAUCACUACACCAUCACCAUCACAUCUCCUCCCUAAACUCCAACCAACAACAACACUUAAACUCCCCCACCGACCGCUAUCACAUCCAUAACAGUCAAAAUGUCCGAACUCAACAGCCCAGAACACCGACCCGCCUCGCCCGUCGUCGACGACGAACCCGCCCGGGCUCCCACCCCCGACGCUGGCGCCGGCUCCGACGAGCACAUCCAUAACGAAGCGGCGGCCGCCGAGGAGAGCGAUGGCAACAACAACCAGAGCCGUGAUGACGUCUCGGAGCAAGAAGACAACGACAACGACGGCGCCAACGACUCAGACGACGAGUCGAUCCUCUCGGAAGUCGACGAGGCGCAGUUCGAGGACUUCGACCCGGAGAACGUCGACAUCGAGGACCGCCCGCAGCUCGCCAUUGACGAGGACAACCUGAAAUUGAUCGGACGGCACAAGCGCAAGCGCACCGACGGGGGCGAGGGCGAGGGGCGGUCGAUGCGGAAGCGCGAGGGUCGGCGCGAGAAGAAGAGUCGGCGCAUGCGGGAGCUGGAGGAGGGGGGUGGUGGGAGUGAUGAGGAGGGGGGUGGGAAGGCUGGCGGUCGGCGGAGGGGCGCGACUAAGAAGAAAGAGGUUCCGCUUGAGGAUGAUGAGACGUUGGAUCCGGCUACGAGACGGAGGAGAGCGCUCGAUCGUGCUAUGGAUGAGGCGAUGAAGAAGCCGACUAAAAGGCGGUUUCGCAAGGCGGAUGGCAUUGAUUUGGAACAAAUGGCCGAUGCUGAGAUUGAAGAUAUGCGCAAACGCAUGACCCACGCCGCGCAGUUGGAUGCCAUCAACCGUCGCGAAGGCAAGCCUGCGAUGCACAAACUCAAGAUGCUCCCCGAGGUCGUCUCGUUGCUGAACCGCAACCAAUACGUCAACAGUCUGGUCGAUCCCGAAAUCAACCUGCUGGAAGCCGUCAAGUUCUUCCUCGAGCCGCUGGACGACGGGUCGCUGCCCGCUUACAACAUCCAGCGCGAUCUGAUGACGGCGCUGGGUAAGCUGCCCAUCAACAAGGAGGCAUUGAUCGCCAGCGGCGUCGGCAAAGUGGUCGUGUUCUACACGCGCAGCAAGCGGCCGGAGCCGGGCAUCAAGCGCAUGGCGGAGCGCUUGUUGGCUGAGUGGACGCGCCCGAUCCUGCAGCGCAGCGACGAUUACUCCAAGCGGGUGUACCAGGAGGCUGCUUUUGAUCCUACUCAACUGAGCACAACUCGCACCAAAUCGGCGCAGACGACAGUGGCGGAGGCGCGCGCGCGCGAAAUGCUGCCGCCGCGACUGGCGAACCGGGCGCGGGCGGACCUCACGCAUACGAGUUACACGGUGGUGCCGCGACCGACGAUGGUGCAAGAGAGCAAAUUCGCGCGACCUUUGGGCGCCAGCGGCGAGGAUCGGUUCCGGAAGAUGCGGGCGCGACAGAUUGCGGCGGCCAAGGGAUCGCGGCGGUAGGCGAAAGUGGUUUAUUUCGUAGUUGGCUGCAUAUCUUUUUUUUUUUUUUUUUUU